AUGGCAUUUCAAGUUUCUCUUUGGCUUGGCCUCCUAAUCUUGGCCAAUUUCUUGUUCUUUAGAGAGCUUUCUGCUGCGCAGGAACCAAGUCAUAAUGUAACCAUUCCAUUCAACCGCAGUAGUUUUCCACCUAAUUUUAUAUUUGGUGCUUCUUCUUCUGCCUAUCAGUACGAAGGAGCAGCAUUCGAAGAUGGAAAAGGACCGAGUAUAUGCGAUACUUAUAUCCACAAAUAUCCAGAGAGAAUAAGAGAUCGCAGCAAUGGAGAUGUGGCCGAUGAUUUUUAUCAUCGUUACAAGGAAGACGUACAACUAAUGAACUACAUAGGCAUAACUGGUUUCAGGUUUACCGUCUCGUGGCCCAGAGUUUUGCCUCAUGGGAAGCUGAGUAAAGGAGUGAACAAGCAAGGCAUUGCCUUUUACAACAACCUCAUCAAUGAGUUAAUAUCAAAGGGCGUAACACCUUUUGUGACACUGUCUCAUUGGGAUCCUCCACAAGCCCUAGAUGAUGAAUAUGGUGGUUUUCUAAAUAUUAAUAUUGUGGAUGAUUUUCGAGAUUUCGCUGAGCUUUGUUUUAAAGAAUUCGGUGAUAGGGUCAAGCACUGGUUGACCUUCAACGAACCGUGGUCUUUUUCCGUUGGUGGUUAUGAUUCCAGCACCUUUGGAGGCACUAUAGCACCUGGAAGAUGUUCGGCAUGGUUGAACAAAGGAUGCCCUGCUGGGGAUUCUUCAACUGAGCCAUAUUUGGUUGCUCACCAUAUAAUCCUUUGCCAUGCAACAGCUGCUAAACUGUAUAGGGAGAAGUACAAGCCAUCUCAAAAGGGGCAGAUAGGGAUAGUGCUUAUAACAAAUUGGUGGAUACCAUACUCCAAUUCGAAGGCUGAUGCACUUGCGGCCCAAAGAAUCCUAGACUUUUUCCUUGGAUGGUUUCUUGAUCCACUCACUUUUGGUGACUACCCAAAAAGCAUGCGUAGCUUUGUGGGGAAACGCUUACCAAAAUUUACUGAAGAACAGAAAUUGUUGAUCAAAGGGUCCUUAGACUUCCUGGGAUUGAACUACUAUACUUCAAGUUAUGUUUUUAAUGCCCCCUAUGCUAAUAGUGUUAACAUCAGCUAUUCGACCGACCUGCAAGUUAAUUUCACAGGAAUACGGAAUGGAAGACCUAUUGGGGCACCGACCGGAGCAGGUUUUUUUUAUGUUUAUCCAAAAGGGCUUACCGAGCUGCUUGUCCAUGUGAAGAAAAACUACAAGAAUCCAACAAUCUAUAUUACUGAGAAUGGGUAUGAUGAAAGCAAUAUAAAUAGUCUUGAGCAAGCGAUCCGUGAUACAAAGAGGAUCAAAUUUUAUAUCGGCCAUUUCAAGGCAGUGAAGGCAGCCAUUGAGAAGGGAGUUGAUGUAAAAGGAUUCUUGGCAUGGACCUUCUUGGACACAUUCGAAUGGACUGCAGGUUUCACUGAGAAGUUUGGGAUAAUUUAUGUUGACUUUAAGAAUGGACUCAAAAGGUGUCCCAAGCAUUCAGCUCAUUGGUUGAAGCAAUUCCUCAAGUAA